AUGUUGUUCAGGGGUGACCUAGUUCAUUGCCCCAGUCUGGGAGAGUUGGAGAUUGUGCACGACCACCUAUUAGUCAUAGAUGACAAGGGCUAUGUGAGCCAUGUCGUACCAUCAGGUUCCAAGGUAGCCCUGCAAAUCAUCGAGAACGCGUCGGAUCCGCCCAUAGUUAUUCCUCGGGGCAGCUUCCUCCUCCCCACGUUCUGCGAUCUUCAUCUGCACGCUCCCCAGUUUCUGUACCAGGGAACAGGCCUGCAUCUCCCACUGAUGCAAUGGCUGGACGAGUAUGCGUUCAAGGCAGAAGAGAGCCUCGACGGUGAUCCCGAUCUGGCUAUGAGGGUGUACACGCGGCUUGCGGCUCGACUGAUAGAGAACGGUACGGGAGCGGUCCUCCUGUUCGGUACCAUCAAAGAAGAGACAAAUUUGAUCCUGGCCGAGGUAAUGCAAACAGCCGGCAUUCGCGCAUUCGUAGGAAAGCUCUCGAUGGACGUUUCGUCUCGAUCAUCAUAUGUCGAAGAGUCGGCAGACGCUGCACUCUCUUCCGCACGCUCAUUUACGGAAAAAUGCCUUGAACUAGUGAAUAGAUUGCCCGAGCACGAUCGUCUCAUCGCACCAGUACUCACACCGCGCUUCGUUCCUACAUGCACCGACGCGCUCCUGAAGGGCCUAGGCGACCUCUCAGAAAGCAGAGGCCUUCGCAUCCAGAGCCACAUGGCGGAGGCCCUCGAGCAGGUGCAACUGGUCAAGAGCGACCGCGGGAUUGACGACAUCGAAGUCUUCUCCAGAAGCAACCUUUUAACACCGCGGACCGUGCAGGCGCAUUGCACGUUCCUCGACCCACCGUCACUUGCCCGCGUCGCAGAGUGCGGCACUGCCGUAGCACACUGCCCGCAGUCCAACGCGUACUUCUCCGCCGAGCCCUUCCCCCUUCGCGAGGCGCUGCACCUCGGGGUGAAGGUGGGGCUUGGGUCCGACAUCGCCGGUGGGUACAGUAUUGACAUCAUGGACUGCAUGCGACGAGCGGUCGCGGUCUCGCGGAUGCGCGAGGGCGCCCGAGUGAUGGGCCACACUACAAUGAAGCUCAACGAUGGCAGUGGCGAACUCGCAAAUCUGUCUGUGGACUGGAAGGAGACGCUGUAUCUGGCUACCAGUGGAGGAGCAAUUGCGCUGGGCUUGCCUUCAGGAAGCAAUACGUUUACCGUCGGCGCACCUUUUGACGCGCAAUGCAUCCACCUCUUUGAGAAGGACACAGGGACCGGUAUAGGUCCAUUGGACUUCUUCCAUGAGCACGCAGAACCUUUGGACGAAGUAGAAUUGACGAAUGACAUGAUUGAAAAAUGGUGGUGUAUCGGAGACGUGCGGAAUCGGGGGAAAACGUGGGUGCAAGGUAGGCGUGUAGCAAUGCGAUGA